AUGGUGCUGGUGGUGAAGCAGCACCGCUGCACGCACUCGGCUUCCUGCUCCUGCACCAAGGGCCACCUCAGCGAGGACGCGCUGUUCCUUGUCUUCCGCCACAUGAACUGGAACCCCAGGCUGAUCGCCAACCUCUCCUGCGUCUGCAAGUGGUUCGACGAGGUCGCCAAGCAGGUGCUGUGGAAGGAGUUCUGCCAUGCCAGGGCGCCCAAGAUGAUGCUAGAUCUGCAUUCCGACGGCAGCCACAUUGUCGACGGCAACUGGAAGGCGCUCGGAAAGCUGCUGAUCUACUGCAAUGGCUGCACAAAGGGGGGCUUGUUCGGGAACAUCCAUGUCCCCGGCCACUUUGUGUUCAGGACGCGCUUUUCAAGGACCGCAGGCAAGAGCUUCCUGCCUCUGCAGUGUAGGAUGGAUGUCUUGUAUGUGUCCGAUCCGUGCGAACAUCUCGACCAGGGGGAAGAAGGCGACCUGGGUUUUUUCCGUGGCAUCUUCAAGUCGUUUGCCACUUCAAGGGUCAAGAAGAUCCUGAUUGAGAAGCAGGCUAGGUUCCAUCCAAUGGAGGUUUGCCCCUAUUGCAAGGCUAAGCUAUGGAACAUGCUGCAUGCUGAUAUGAUGCCGGCUAGUGCUUCCGCCAGGCUGGGUGCUUACGAUGAUUCCGUGGAGUACUUUGUAUGCCUGAAUGGACAUGUCAUUGGAUUGGGAACCCUGUUACCUCUCUCGGAUUCUGAGGAGGCACCGGAGGAGUAA